AGGAGCCGUCGCCGCCCCGAUGCCCCCUCGUCGCCCCUGGACGUGCCAGCCGGCGAGCUCGAGCCUCCCGGAGCUCCGAAGCCCUCGGCCGCUGCCGCCGCUGCCCGGGGGGAGCUGUCACCGCCGUCACCGCCGCGGCGGCGUCCCGGGUCGGACUGCAGGGCCGGGAGCCGGAGCCGGCGAGGCUGGAUCGCGGGCCUGAGCGGCCCCGGGGCCCGGCUGUUCGGGUGGCUGCGAGAGCGCAGCCUGGGCCGCGGGCUGUUCGUGGACCCGGCGCGGGACAAUUUCCGCACCAUGACCCACCUCUACGGCUCCAUCCACCCCGCCGACUCGGUGUACCUCGGCACGCAGACCCACGGCGCCGUCUUCAACCUCGAGUACUCGCCCGACGGGUCAGUGCUGACAGUUGCCUGUGAACAAACUGAAGUUCUCCUUUUUGACCCUAUAUCUUCAAAGCACAUAAAAACACUUUCUGAAGCUCAUGAUGACUGUGUAAAUAAUAUCAGAUUUCUUGAUAACCGGCUGUUUGCUACCUGCUCUGAUGACACUACCAUAGCACUGUGGGAUCUGAGAAAACUGAACACCAAAGUGUGCACUUUACAUGGUCAUACUAGCUGGGUGAAGAACAUCGAAUAUGAUACUAAUACAAGACUCUUAGUAACAUCAGGAUUUGAUGGAAAUGUCAUUAUUUGGGACACUAACAGGUGUACAGAAGAUGGGUGUCCACCAAAGAAAUUCUUUCACACACGUUUUCUCAUGCGAAUGAGAUUAACACCAGAUUGUUCUAAAAUGUUGAUUUCAACUUCCUCUGGAUAUCUCUUAAUUUUGCAUGAUCUUGAUUUAACCAAGUCAUUAGAAGUAGGCAGCUAUCCUAUUUUAAGAGCAAGAAGAACGACAUCAAGUUCAGAUUUGACUACUUCGUCAAGUUCAUCUGGUCCUAGAGUUUCUGGUUCACCUUGUCAUCUUAGUGAUUCUAACUCGCCUUCUGAGAAACACAUGUCCCGAGCCUCUCAAAGAGAAGGAGUUUCACCACGAAAUAGUCUUGAAGUCUUAACCCCUGAAGUACCUGGCGAGCGAGACCGUGGAAACUGUAUCACAUCCUUACAGCUGCACCCAAAAGGUUGGGCCACUCUUCUUCGGUGCUCAAGCAACACUGAUGAUCAAGAGUGGACGUGUGUCUAUGAAUUCCAGGAAGGUGCUCCGGUGCGACCUGUCUCUCCUCGUUGUUCACUACGACUGACGCAUUACAUCGAAGAAGCCAAUGUAGGCAGGGGUUAUAUCAAAGAACUUUGCUUCAGCCCUGAUGGGCGAAUGAUUUCUUCCCCUCAUGGCUACGGGAUCCGCUUGUUGGGAUUCGACAAACAAUGCAGUGAACUUGUUGACUGUUUGCCCAAUGAAGCCAGUCCCCUUCGAGUGAUUCGUUCUUUGUACUCCCAUAAUGACGUGGUACUGACAACAAAGUUCUCUCCUACACAUUGUCAGAUUGCCUCAGGGUGCCUUAGUGGGCGAGUUUCUUUAUAUCAGCCAAAGUUUUAGGCACAGCUUACAUCAAAUAAGGAACUCUUCUGGUGUUUGAUUACUGAAUUACUUCAAUUUAGGUGAAGUACUGUCUUUUUAGAAGAUCUUAUAAGUUUGGGUAGAGAUCCUGGUUCUUAUGGGUCCAUUAACACACUUGUGACCUGAGUGCUUGGGUGUCCAGCAUCACACAGGCAUCUCCGCGGUUCAGACUCUAUGCAGCAGCAUCGUUUCCAGCAUUCCUCUGCACCUGCUGAGCUUGUACUUCUGAACUUCAUUCCUUUGGUUAUUUUUGCAUGGCAGCUCUUGUCAAAUUUCUU